AUGAAUCCUCCCUUAAUGAUGAAAAAGAUGCUGUGGUGGUACAGCUGUCGGCACAGGGAGAGAAGAGAAGGUGAUGUGGACUGGUCCAUCUGUAAUAAAGACUUAGAGGCACAGAUCUCCAACUACGCAAGCGUGAGGCACACCAGUAUGCGGUACUACACGGCUGAUAAAAACGUUACCUGUAGAAAUUGUGGUAGACCAGGUCAUUUGUCCAAGAACUGUCCAACUCCAAAGAAAGUUCCCCCUUGUUGCUUGUGCGCAGAAAGAGGUCAUCUACAAAACAGUUGCCCAGCACGUUUUUGUUUGAACUGCUGUUUGCCUGGCCACUACUUCAGGGAAUGUCUUGAGAGAGCCUAUUGGAAUAAACACUGCAGUCGCUGCGAUAUGAAGGGGCAUUAUGCUGAUGCUUGCCCAGAAAUAUGGAGGCAGUAUCACCUAACAACAAAGCCAGGACCAAUCAAGGCAGACUGUUCUCACUCUGAGCGCUCUGCUUCAGCGUACUGCUACAACUGUUCCCGGAAAGGGCACUUUGGACAUGAGUGCUCAGAAAAGCGGAUGCAUGGGAGCAUGUUCCCUGCUUCUCCAUUUGUCUGCUGCUACGAUGAUGAAUACGAGAUCAAGAGAAGAGUGAAAAGAUUAAAAAGAAAGGUUGCAGAACUGCAGGAAGCCGGCCUUCUGCCAGAACAGUCAGAGAUGCCAUGGCAGGAAGAAGAACAUGGGGGGCACAGGCAUAAGCAGAAGAGAAAGCCUUGGAAAGAACAUGGGAAACAUAAAAAAGAUGGCAAGUGUCACAAAAAGAUGAAGAUGUCCCGGGCAGAGAAACCCAGAGAAGAGAGACACAGAAGUGAUGCUGAAAUGCACCAUCAUUUCGAGGAGGACUUCCCUAGAGGGUGUAAAAGGCAGGCGUGGAAGGGCAGCAAAAUCCGUCACAAGUCCAUUUUCCAGGCAUUCCCAGGCAGCAAGACUGCAUAUGCGCAGGAGCCUCUGGAAGGUGCUAAAAAGAAGAAGAAAUGGAAAAAGCAGAAGGACGCUAGUCCUGAUAUCAAUGAGAAUUUAUUCCUCAUCAAACAGAGGAGGAAGAAGUCCAAACAGAAGUCCUGGUGA